UGCUAAUGAAUUAAUCAUUGUUGGCCGAGAAUGCUUGUUUGCAUGUUGUGGCGGCAGAAAGUUUAAUCCUUUUUUCUUCCACCGUCUUUUGUAGAUAUAAUAAGGUUUUGAACUUCAGUGCAUGGACUGCACUUCUUUUUCUGGCUAAGAACCCUUUACAAGAGAGGUGUGGUCGCAAUAUGGGUGCCUUAUGUUGUUGUUUUCAUGUCCCUGAUGUUCAAAAUAAUACUGGCUUAGACAAUUCGAGUUCAGAUGAUUGUUUGUGUCCCAAGUGCUUCUUUCAGAAUUUCAUUAACAAGCAUCGGAAUGUGUUGACCAGAGGACAAAUUCGUGCCAUCUCUUCAUCUAAUCAGCAGGCACCUGCUUUAAAUUCUGAAAUGGUUCUCAAUGAUUCACCCGAGGUCAGUGAGUCUCAUGACAGAGCAGAGCCGAACGCUGCCAGUUCAAGGUAUUUGGAAGAACAAUGUAAUGAAUCAAGUGAAAGACAGGAGAAAGGCACUUGCUGUUUACGAGUUCAGCCUGAACCAGUUAGACAAAGAGAUAAUAAAGUUAAUUCAAAAUCUUUACAAGGAGACAGAAUCGUUGUCUCUAACAGUGAAGCGCGAUCUCAAAGGCAGAAUUGUGGUUCGGAAUCUUGUCUGGAUGAUUUGUCAUUCGGAGUGGAAAGUAUUUUUGCAAAUAUAAAUCCUUCACCAGAUGAUGAAGAUGUGUGCCCAACAUGUCUUGAAGAGUAUACACAAGAAAAUCCCAAGAUAGUAGCAAAGUGUUCUCAUCAUUAUCACCUCAGUUGUAUCUAUGAGUGGAUGGAAAGAAGCAAAAAUUGUCCAGCAUGUGGAAAGUUGAUGCUGUUCAACGAAUCAAGUUGAACUUGUGGUGUGACGCAGCAAGGAGGAUCAGACGAUGAUUUGCUGAACUAGAGGAUAUGGAAACAUGACAUGGAUGGCUCAUGCUGAUAAAGGUUUCUACACUAGAUUGCUGAGUUUUUGCAAAUAGUUCUUGUUUUCUCCAACAACAAAUUAUCUUUAUUUAAUCAUCUGCGCUUUAAUGGAGUGCUCCUACAUUGCUGGUUGAAAAGAUAUCUUACCAACUGAUGGCUUAUUCUUUA